AUGGCACGGGUGAAUUAUCUCAUUGCUCCUCUAUCACUCCACAUAAUUUUGUCAUUAUGUAUUAGCAAAUUGUGCAGUGCUUCUGAUCUUAAAAUUUCUCGAUCUUUUCCGGCCAUUCUUAUUUUCGGUGAUUCUACGGUAGAUAGGGGAAAUAACAACUUCAUUCCCACAAUUUUCAAGGCUAAUUACUCCCCAUGUGGUAAAGAUUUUCCUGGUCAUACUGCUACUGGAAGGUUUAGUAAUGGAAAACUCAUUCCUGACAUGGUGGCUUCUAGAUUGGGGUUAAAGGAGCUUGUUCCUCCAUUCUUGGAUCCAAAAUUGUCGAAUGAUGAGGUGAGAACAGGAGUCAGUUUUGCAUCAGCUGGCAAGCAAUCUGAGUAUAACCUUGUGCAACAAGACGAGUGA